AUGACCACCUCUCUGGUCCUGAAUCCUCGCUGGGCUGACACGGUUAUGUUUGUGUAUGAAAACAAUUUGGAUGACCUCAACAAGAAUAUGGAGGGUCUGGUUGGUACCGGCAAUUUCGCAGCCAACCAGUGCAGAAACCUGGUGGCCCAUUCUACUUUAGGAGGUCAUCACUCUAGCCUCGUGCACGGCUACUCCGUAGGGGAUGUAGCUGGCUCGGGGUCAGGAGAAGCGGGCAAACAGUGCGCACCAUGCCCUGCAGUUACUCAGGGUUCCUCCACGACCCCGCUGCCUUAUGGGUAUUUCGGCAACGGCUAUUACCCUUGCAGAAUGGGGAGGGGUUCGCUGAAGUCUUGCACCCAGCAAAGCGCCCUCAGCUAUUCAGCAGAGAAAUACAUGGACACCCCUGUCACUUCCGAAGAAUACCCCAGCAGGACCAAAGAAUUCGCGUUUUACCACGGCUAUCACAGCCCAUAUCAGCCCAUGGCAAGCUAUCUGGAUGUUUCUGUGGUGCAGACCCUUGGUACUGGAGAGCCUAGACACGAGACUCUGCUGCCAAUGGACAGCUAUCAGCCUUGGGCGUUGACAAACGGAUGGGGCAGCCAAAUGUACUGCUCCAAAGAUCAGAGCCAGGCGGGACAUCUCUGGAAAUCUGCAUUAGUAGACGUAGUGGCUCACCAACAUGAUGCCAACUCUUUCCGUCGCGGUAGAAAGAAAAGAAUACCAUACACCAAGCUGCAACUGAAAGAGCUGGAGAAAGAAUAUGCCGCCAACAAAUUCAUCACGAAAGACAAGAGGAGAAAGAUCUCGGCAGUGACCAAUCUGUCCGAAAGACAGAUCACUAUCUGGUUUCAAAACAGGAGGGUGAAGGAAAAGAAGCUCGCGACUAAAGUCAAGAAUGUCGCGCCGUAG